AACUGAGCUCAGAUUUAGCCCAAAAAAAGUCAUUGUACAGUUUAUUUCAACUCACAACGAUACAUUACAUGAGGGAAAGGAAAGUCAAGAUGAAGUGAGUUAAAGAGAGAAGUGAAAAUUUCGAGAGAUUCAGAGAGAUUCUCAGAGAUUCUGAAAUUCAUGAAAUUCACAUUUGCAUCGUUAGUUCAAGUACGAGAUUUAGUGUUAAACCAACCAAUUUUGUUCAUUUUGUUCAGUUUCUUGUCAACAUUUUCUGUUCCCCAUUCAACCUCAUUUGGACUAAAGCAUCAAACCUGUGAACAUUUCAUCUGAGGAACGAAUCUUGUAUUGAAUUUGGGAAUAACUCAGGAGAUCAACAGGAGUUAACUUGCUUUCACUGUUACUUGAAAGGGAAGAUAAUCAAGAAAACUUAAUCAGCAAAUUGCCAAAACAACUAGAUUGGAAAUCUCCAAGUGACCUUAGUAAUCAACCAUUGAGCUCCACAGAUAAACAUAUAAACACAAUGUUUGGUCAAGGGAUAGCACUUGGUCAAGGCUUGUUGUCUGGUAAAGUCAAAGUAUUCAACGAUUUUAUUGUCCACACCAAUAUUGAUGCUGAAUCAGGAAUAUCAAUUGGAAUUGAAGGUCCAUCAAACGCCCAAAUGAGACACGUUGAUAAUGAAGAUGGUUCAAUCAAGGUUCAAUAUAAACCAAUGGUUCCUGGUUAUUAUAAAAUAUCUGUUAAACAAAAUGGAUUACACUUGAAAGGAAGUCCAUUUGAUGUUCCAGUAUACGAUUCAAAGACUGGACCUGAGCAGCCAUUUUAUCCAAAAAGCUCACUUGCCGGUCAUCAACCAUAUCCUCAUCUAGAUGAUUCAGUAAAUUAUAACAGCCAUCAAAAUAGCACUGAUAACCAUAAUUCACAGUAUCAACCACAGUAUAUAAUCGACUCUUUGAUACCAGAAGAUGAUUUAACACUGGAGGGUCCAUUUGGUAAUCCAAAUAAAGUAAAGGUCUCUGGAAGAGGUUUAUUUCGAGGUAUAACCAAUGUUCAAAGUGAAAUAAUUGUUGACACCCGUAAAGCUGGUCUCGGUCGAGUAAAUUGGACAGUAAGUGGCCCUGGUAACGUUCAAACCCGCCAUGUUCACAUAGUUUCAGGCCUACACAAAUUGUAUUACAUAGCCGAUACACGAGGUUUAUAUAUUGUAAAAGUUAAAUUCAAUGAACAAGAUGUUCCUGGAAGUCCUUUCAAGCUACGAAUAAUGUGAUGAUCAACAAAUGAUUAAUGGUGAAAAUGCCUAAAGAAAAAGAAACACAAAAUUUGUUAUUAUUACUAUCUACUAUUAUUAUCAUCAUUAUAAUAUCAUGUUUAAAAUUGAAUUGAUAUACUCAUCCAAACCAAUAAUCUUAUUAUCUUGUUCACCUCUUGUUGCUUUGAAGACUAACUCUUCUCCUUUUGCUUAAGCUUGUAAGCUUUUUUUCUUGUUUUGUUUUUGCUAAUGAUAACCAUUGAUUUGGUUGCGAGUUGUGUUCGCAGAUAUCCAGAUUAAAAUUAGCUUCGUAUGAAAGCAAAACAUAAUUAUAUCAUGAUUAUUGCUAUUAUCCUUAAGCAUUUACGCGUACUGUCUCCAUAUCUUGUAUUGCCAAGUUUAUCUUCGCCAAUUGUUAACAUUAAGCUCAUGUUGUCAUCAAUUAAGCUUUAGAUUCUGUCCUAGAAUGCCUGUAAAAACCAAAUUACAAGAAAAAAUAAAUAUAAAGACAAUUAAUCAUCAA